AUGAAGAGGAGGCGUGACGAAGAUGCCGAGGUGACGACCGCCUCCGCCACGGUUCUAGAGGCGCAGCAGCAAAAGAAACGGCAAAGAUCUGAAGUAGAGGAGACGCAUCGACCAACAGCGGACGCGAAGCUGGACAUGCAUUCGAAGGUUCCUCUCGGCAUGUCGGCAGAUGCUGUGUCCAGCGGAGGCACACUUACCACCUGGCGGCUCGCCGAGUCGCGCCACAAAGGUCGCUACUCGGUGCUCGUGUUCUACCCACUUGACUUCACCUUCGUGUGUCCCACCGAGCUCAUCGGCUUCAGCGACCGCCUCGAUGACUUCGACGCGAUCAAGUGCGACGUGGUGGGCGUCUCGGUAGACUCCAAGUACACGCACCUGGCGUGGCUGCGCACGCCCCGCAAUGCUGGCGGCCUCGCACCCGUGGGCGACCACCAGAAGCCCUUCGUCUUGCCGCUCGUCAGCGAUCUCACUCACGCCCUCUCCAAGAGCUUCGGCGUCUUUGAUGAGGAGUGCGGGCACUCGAAGCGUGCGGUGGUGAUUGUCUCCGACGCCGGCGUGGUGCGCGAGGUGCUGGUCAAUGACGACGCCGUCGGGCGGAGCGUGGACGAGGUGCUGCGGCUGGUGCAGGCCCUCCAGUACGCCGACGCCCACGACGGCGAGGCCUGUCCCGUCAACUGGACACCCGGCAACGCGACCAUCAAAGCGGACCCCGUCGGGAGCAAGGAGUACUUCAACACGGACAUGGACCAAUAA